CACGAGGUGAAAUCAAUAGGUUCAAACUCUAAGCAGGUAGAAGAACAUAAUGGAACAUCAUACAAACAGUAUAUUGAGUUAGACAGCUGGGAUCUCAAUGUUGUGAUCUUCUCAACAAAAAACUUUCCAAAAUCAUGGAGGUAGACGACUCUAGAAAAGAAUGCAGAGAUGGAUAUUAGACAGAGUUAAUAGUAGAAAAAAGAACUUGAGGUUUGUGACAAUUGUUUGUGAUAAGUUCAGACAAAUAUUUGCUUUUUGUAGCCCUUACAGCUUUCUGAAACAUGUUAUAGAAGUUCCCCAAAACUUCAUAAGAAACCUGCAAUCUGUCCUUCUUCCAUUUGCAUUCAGCCUGUCUACAAGUCCGUCUCAGAUUAUGCAUAGUGUGUGCGCCAGGGCACAGGUACAGGCUUAUGAAUUUUAUACUUCAAGGGGGCAAUAUAAUUCAUGAUGUCAGCACAAGUAUAAUUAAAAAGAUUAAGAUGUGCAUCAGCAUCCAGAUUAAGCAGAGUAGAGUCCAACUACAAAAAGAAUCUUCACUAGAAUGUAAAAAAGCAAGUCAAAUGUGUCAGCGAUGGAUUUCUGAGGCCUCGUAAGAGGACAGUACAAAGAACCGGCCUGUGAUCAGAAAAGAUGCACUACUUAUUUAAAUGUUUGAAACAGAAAAACCAUGGGUUAAAAUCAAAUCAAGGGUAUGACCAUGGAUAUGUGUUGGACCAGAAAAAUCCUGCAGAAUAUUGUUUCGAAGCACAGAAAACAUAAAUGUUAAAAUCGCCCAACAGCAUUACUUUACUAAUGCCAAUAUCCAUGUGUGCAGCACUUUGGUCAACAUCUGUUGUUUUAAAUGUGCUAUUUAAAUAAACAAACAUUGUAUUGUAUUAUAAAAGCUGUUUUUGAACUAACUAGAAGGUUUUGAGUUCUUAAAGGGCACCUAUUAUGCAAAAUUCACUUUUACCAUACAUGUGUGUUGGCAGUGUGUGAGCAAAACCACCCUAGAAUGAUAAAAAUCCACCUAGUGUUUUUUUUACAAUCUCAAUAAUUCAUGAGCACUGUCUCAGAACGCCCUGUUCUAAGACUGCUCUCACUGUGACGUAGAAUUGAGCUAAGCCCCACCGACGUGGUUUGAUUGACAAUCUGGUUUUGGCAUAGAGCCCGCCCUCCGUGAUCUGUACACCAUCCUCCAUUGUUUCAACGACAGCCGGUAAUGUCUCCUAAGAAACAUAAGUGUUCUGUUGUGGGAUGUAAUAAUGAACAUAGUAGUUUUCACUUACUUCCGACAUCAGAGCCACUGAAAACGCAGUGGAUGGAUUUUAUUUACGAAGGAAAGGCGCCACUCAAAAUUCCAAAAUACGUUUAUGUUUGCGCGAAUCAUUUUUUGACUGACUGUUUUGAGAACGAGGGUCAAUUCAAAGCAGGUCUUGCUUCAAAGCUAAUCCUCAAGUCUGGAUCGUUGCCUACUGUUCGCGAUGCAACGUCACCUUCAGAAGAAGCCAGCACAUCGACACGAAGCUGUAGAACGAGGGAUAUUGGCGUGCAGACAGAAACAUCAAAGCUAUGCAGUGUUGGUACACAACUGUCAAUGAGGACGCUUCAAACACACCACAGGAGUAUCAGUGUCCAGACAGAGACAACAUUGUCAAGUUUUGAUGUUAGCACAAAAUUAGUUUCUCAUACAGCUGUUGCGUCUUACACGCCCCUCAAGACUUCAUCAAAAAGACCUUGUCUGGACCUUGAGGAAGAUGAAGAUAUCCUGCAGGAAUGCUCUUCAAUACUAACACAAGAGACUGAUGUCACAUUUAAUCCUGCAGAUGCAGACACAUCAAUAACAGAGCCAAAAGACUUGUCAGCUCAAGAAUCCAGCCCUAUUCAAAACAUUUGUAAAUAUAUUGUCUAUGAGACCUGCAUCAUGGAACUGUUUGAGGUGUGCCCGGUAUGUCAUAGAAGCUGUCAUAUAAGAUCACAAAGGAUUGGAACAUUUCUACGUGUUGAACAACUCUGCCACCAUUGUCAGUUCUCACGGAAAUGGAACAGUCAGCCGAUUUUGGGCAGUACUCCAGCUGGAAACCUUCACCUUUCUGCUCCUUUGUAUCUCAGUGGUGCUUCAUUUUUCACAAUUGAAAAGAUAUUUGCAGCUAUGAAGUUACAUCUUUUCAAGUACGACACCUUUCGUCGUCAUGCACGAAUGUGCAUUGAGCCUGCUAUUGUUUACAAAUGGAGAAACUGGCAGGAUGAGAUGCUACAGCUGUUGGCUCAAAGGGAAAAGGUCAUUGUUGGAGGAGAUAUGAGGGCUGACUCACCAGGGCACUCUGCCAAAUAUGGCAGUUACACAAUGGUGGACCUGGAGACAAACACCGUUGUUGAUGUACAACUCGUCCAGAGUAAUGAAGUGGGAGGAAGUUACCACAUGGAAAAGGAAGGUUUGAAGAGAGGUCUUGACUUUUUGGAUGCUCAUGGAGUGACUCUGGACUGCAUUGUGACUGACCGACAUCCGCAAAUACAAAAAUUCCUCAGGGAACGCAAUGUCAACCAAUUCUAUGAUGUCUGGCACAUAGAGAAAGACUAUACCUGGCUGCACUACAUUACAAUGAGAAUGCCGGGCGUCCUCAAGCCACAACAGCAGCUGGUCGACCGGUGUUCAAAGUGACCUUUCCAAAGGCCAAGAAGGGAGAAUACCGGGUCAGAGAAGUAAAGACACAAGCAACAUUCAGUAUGUAUAAAAUGAGUUUACUUAACAAAUUUACUACAAAUGUACAUAUCUUUUUUGCAUAAUUUCUUACAAGCUAUUUGAAAACUCAAUAUUUGACUAAUUUAAAAUAAAAUAAAAUGUUAUAUUGCACAGGAUAUGUGGAUGACCUGCUGGACCUCAUAUUUGAUAAAGUCUUUGUGGAUCCUGCACCAUAUGUGGAUGAUGUUUUGAGGAUACCAAUACCACCAGCAUUGUGUGCAGAGUAUGACCGGCCAGAGAAGGAGGAGGCCAUCUCUAGUAGGGUAUCUCGGUUUAAUCAAUAGGUGGUCGAAAACCUACAUAACUACCCUGGGCAUCAGGAAACUCUCUUCGAAUCCUCAGGACCACACAGGAUGGAAUCACAACUCGAACUUUUCGUCCAAGGAAACCUCAGCACCAGCUCACAAAACUCCGAUAAGCUAAAAAUCUGUAACGACUAAGGCACACACACACAUAGCCACGUUCUCAAAACAGGGUUCAAGGAUUUUUCUGUGUUUUUUUCUUUCAAAUAUCUAUCAUUUGUUGUCUGGAGUUGAAAUAUUUGAUAUUUAAUUGAUCAUGGUUUAAUUUUUUUUGGAG